UUCUCUUGGAACAAAAAGAAGAAACUUCAUGGGGCUUCCUAAACCCUCUCCAUUCUCAUGCAGUCCAACACUCGCGAGAUCAAGAGGGAGAGUAAGUUCAGGAAACAUUGCGAUGUCGAAUCUUUUAAAGAACAAAGGGUCCCUCCAGUUUGAGGACAAGUGGGAUCUGAUGCGCCCGAUCGUCCUCAAGUUACUUCGCCAGGAGUCAGUAACUAAGCAGCAGUGGUUCGAUCUUUUUUCAGAUGUUCAUGCAGUCUGUCUAUGGGAUGACAAAGGCCCAGCAAAGAUUCAUCAGGCUCUCAAGGAGGACAUAUUAGAUUUUAUAAAGCAAGCCCAGGCGAGGGUGCUCAGUCACCAAGAUGAUACAGCCCUCCUCAAGGCUUACAUCGUGGAGUGGAGGAAGUUCUUCACUCAGUGUGAUAUACUACCUAAGCCAUUUUGCCAGCUCGAGAUCACUCUGAUGGGGAAACAAGGCAGCAACAAGAAGUCCAACGUGGAGGACAGUAUAGUGCGCAAGCUGAUGUUGGACACUUGGAACGAAUCAAUUUUUUCCAAUAUCAAGAACAGGCUGCAGGACAGUGCAAUGAAGCUGGUCCAUGCUGAAAGACUUGGGGAGGCCUUUGACUCUCAGCUGGUCAUCGGGGUGCGCGAGUCUUAUGUAAACCUGUGUUCCAACCCUGAUGAUAAGCUGCAGAUCUACAGGGAUAACUUUGAGAAGGCCUACCUGGACUCCACUGAGAGGUUUUACAGGACACAGGCUCCUUCCUACCUGCAGCAAAACGGAGUACAAAACUACAUGAAAUAUGCAGACGCUAAAUUAAGGGAGGAAGAAAAACGUGCACUACGCUAUUUAGAGACACGACGCGAAUGUAACUCUGUUCAAGCACUUAUGGAAUGUUGUGUUAAUGCACUGGUGACGUCAUUCAAAGAAACGAUCUUAGCAGAAUGUCCAGGCAUGAUUAAACGCAAUGAAACUGACAAGCUUCACUUGAUGUUCUCACUGAUGGAUAAAGUACCCAGUGGAAUUGAACCCAUGCUUAAAGAUCUGGAGGAACACAUCAUCAGUGCUGGUCUGGCCGACAUGGUUGCUGCUGCUGAGACUAUCACGACAGACUCUGAGAAGUACGUGGAGCAGCUUCUCACUCUGUUCAACCGCUUUAGUAAACUUGUAAAGGAGGCGUUCCAGGACGAUCCUCGGUUCCUCACAGCCAGAGAUAAAGCAUACAAAGCAGUUGUGAAUGAUGCCACAAUAUUUAAGUUGGAGCUACCUAUGAAACAAAAGGGAGUGGGCCUCAAAACACAACCUGAGUCCAAGUGUCCAGAGCUGCUAGCCAACUACUGUGACAUGCUGCUGAGGAAGACGCCACUCAGCAAGAAGCUGACCUCUGAGGAGAUAGAGCUGAAGCUCAAAGAAGUGUUGCUGGUGCUUAAAUAUGUCCAGAAUAAAGACGUGUUUAUGAGGUACCAUAAAGCCCACCUGACUAGGAGGCUAAUUCUGGACAUCUCGGCUGACAGCGAGAUUGAAGAGAACAUGGUUGAAUGGCUCAGGGAAGUUGGUAUGCCGGCCGAUUAUGUCAACAAGCUAGCUAGAAUGUUCCAAGACAUCAAAGUCUCAGAGGAUCUAAACCAGGUGUUCAAGGAGAUGCAUAAACACAACAAGCUUGCUUUACCAGCUGACUCCGUAAAUAUCAAGAUCCUGAAUGCUGGAGCAUGGUCACGUAGCUCAGAGAAGGUCUUUGUUUCACUACCCACUGAGCUGGAGGACCUUAUUCCCGAAGUCGAAGACUUUUACAAGAAAAAUCACAGUGGCAGGAAGCUGCACUGGCACCACCUUAUGUCCAAUGGCAUUAUCACAUUUAAGAAUGAAGUGGGUCAAUAUGACUUAGAGGUCACAACUUUCCAGCUGGCUGUUCUUUUUGCCUGGAACCAAAGACCCAGAGAGAAGAUCAGCUUUGAGAACCUGAAGCUUGCCACUGAGCUACCUGAUGCAGAGCUGAGACGCACACUCUGGUCUCUUGUUGCCUUCCCAAAACUUAAACGGCAGGUGCUUUCAUACGAACCUCAAGUGAGCUCUCCCAAAGACUUCACAGACAGUACAUUGUUCUUCGUUAAUCAGGAAUUCUCCUUGAUAAAAAACUCCAAGGUGCAGAAGAGAGGGAAGAUUAACCUGAUUGGCCGCCUUCAGUUGACUACAGAGAGAAUGAGAGAGGAGGAGAAUGAAGGAAUAGUUCAACUUAGAAUAUUAAGAACACAGGAGGCCAUUAUUCAAAUAAUGAAGAUGCGAAAGAAGAUCACUAAUGCCCAGCUGCAGACCGAGCUGGUGGAGAUCCUGAAAAACAUGUUCCUUCCCCAGAAGAAGAUGAUCAAAGAGCAGAUCGAGUGGCUGAUUGAGCACAAGUACAUCAAGCGUGACGAGUCGGACAUUAACACCUUCAUCUACAUGGCAUAGCACUGAGGUUUUAUGCUGGAAAUGCUUAUCGUUCCAAUCAAGAUGAAGACAGUGAACAUGCAGUGGCUCAGCGGUGGGAGAGGAGUGCUGACACAACGGAGCAACCACGCUGGCUGCUGAUCUUCUCGUGGAGUGAUGGGCUUGUUUUAAACGACAGUCACACACCAGAAUAGCUUGUUUUCAAGAAAAAUCCCUGCCUUACCUUACAGUAAAGAAACCUGAGAUGAGGAUGGGAGAUUUCAAUGGAAAAACACAAAAAAAAACAAAAAAAACAACACAAACUAUAUUUUUGCCAACAGGUAGUCAGUAUGCAUGGUGGGUGGUUUGCCUUUUUUGUGAGUGUCGACAUCAACAGCAUGCUGUCGGUGGGAAUCAUCAGAGGACUUGCUGUGUGUGUGUGUGUGUGUGUGUGUGUGUGUGUGUGUGUGUGUGUGUGUGUCCGUCCGUCCGGCCUUGUCUGGUCCAGGCUGUGUCCACUCUUCUCCUCUCCAGCUCAGCUCUCAGCCUGGUUCAAAAGCUCACACUGCAGCCACAUGGGAGCUCCGUCACCAGGACGGUGAACUGGAUCGUUAGCACUUUACGCAUUCUGCCACACAUUCAGCAUGGCCACGCGGCUAUCUGUUCCGUGUUGCUCAGUUUGUUUUUUUGUUUUGUUUUUUGAGAACAUGGUAAACUUCAGUAGUUGAUGGUGAAAUGUGCUGAAAGGCAUCCAUCUUGAUAUGACAGAAACGAUCACUUCACCUCCCCUUUAUUCCUUAUUAUUGUCUGCUCUCCAUCAUGCACAACGUCAGAUACAGUUACGGUGUAAUACUACAUACACACUGCAGUUCCUCUGUACCACAUGGGGUUUUGGUAGGCGUCUGUUCCGUUAUCAGAUUUGUUUUGUUUUGACUCGCCCUGAAGAUACAGUUACUCUUCUUCCGUUGACCUUUCAAGCCUUUUAAGGACACUUCGGCUUCUCAGCGAGUUAAUUCGGGGCAGCUGUGUUAUUAAAAAAAUAAUAAUAAAUAAGUGUUAAUGGAACGGUUUCAUUUUCCCGAAGCGUCCCAACGACAUUGGAGAAAUUAUAUAAGGAACGUUUUUAGCGUAUUUGACUCCAUUAUAUAGGAUGAGCUCCGUUUGACAGAUAUCAUUACUCUGUUUUCUAAAUGAUCUUUUUUUUAUAUCCUUACACUUAAAUGAAUAAGAGCAAUGUAACAGUCAAACCGUUUUUUUUUCUUUACCAGAUUUAUAUGAUGAUAAGUGAUCAGAGACAAAUUGCUAAACUCGAUUGAAAACCUAAAUCAUUUUAAACCUUAUUUUGUUACUUCACACCAGUUGUUAGUUAGGUUGUAUACACUGACCUUCACUAGGAAAGAGCUUUAAAGAAUCUUUUUGAGAACUGAGAUCACUGGGCCUGUGAUAAUAGAAAGAAAAUCGAAGUAAAUAUCACAUAAAGCAAUACAAAGCACGUAUGAUACAUUUCAAAUCGGCAUGUUCCGGUAUCUUUUUUUGAGACUACUUUGAAUUUGGGUACAGGGUUCAAUUUGUACAUGCUUUGUUCACCAUCGAUUAUACAACAUGGUAUCAUUUCAAUGUGAAAACUUAAUGGCCAGUCUCCCAGAGCAGACAGGAAAAACACAGACACACAGAGACUAUUACUUUGUCUGUAAACGCAACAGAUGGACACGUCAUUCUUUCGUUCACCUUCAGUAUGCACUUUAUUCAGGUCGGGGUCACGCUGCGUUUGGAAACUAUUUCUUAAGAACAUUGGGUGCAAGAUGGAAAAACAGCCUUUACUCUCACAUGCACAUACACUCGCUUAUUCAGAGCUAGCAUAGUGAUUGUGGUGGGAGGAGCCUCAAAGAAACCCAUACACCACUUGUGAUUGGUGUGUAGGAAUUUUUUCUUUUUUAUUUUUUACAUUAUAAAAUUGUUACAUUUGGCAUAUAUGGUAUGAUAGUAGGGUUUCCUAAGUAGAACGACACUAUGAUGAUAUUUCAAUUUCUCUGAACUACCUAAUGGGUGAAUUGUUUCUUAAAUCCACUAUUUUUACAAGUAAAUUUCUGUCAUUAAGAUUGAAUGGAAAUGCAUUCAAAUAUAGAAAUAACUAAGCAAAUAAUUACCCGAAGCGUUUUUAUUUUUACCAAACAAGAAAGUAAAUUCAGACACAUUGUGAAUAUUCUCCAACUUGUUUUAAUAACUUUGUGGUUGUUUAAGUGAAAUCCAUAGCGGACAGAGGAUAUUUAGAGAACGCUGAGAUUAAAGCGGAAGAACGUUAAAAGUUGUCGUUAUCCAGUGUGUGUUAAACCCUACAACAAUAGACCUUAAAGUUGCUUCGGUUGAACACUUGAGAUCACAGAAACAUCUUUGUCCGUGAAAUCCUGGCGUCGUUUUCCAGCACCUUUUUUUUUUAAAUCAUCAUGAGAGCUUUCAGAGGCUGAUUGUGUUUGUAUGUGUCUUGUUCUCUUUUCACACUCCUCCCACUUCAUCCGCAUGUGAAAAGGCUGCAGUGAAACAUAUAAUCAGUAUUCACUUUCUUUCAUGUCCUACGAGUCGAGUUGAAUGAACAAUUUUCAGUGUUAUGUGCCGAGUGAGUGAGUGAGUAAUUUUCUGCACUUGACAGUUUUGUCUUUAGGAAAAUGAUGGCAAGAAAUUGAUGUAUACUUGGUGUGAAACUGCACCAACGUGACAAAAGAAUAGAAACGUAUUCAUUUACUUAUUAAACAUGCAUUACUGCCUAGGAUCAUCUACAUCUCUGAGUUGCGAAGACCUGACAGCUGUAUCUAUAAAGACUUGGGUUUUUUAAUCCCCUGCUGAAUUCACGUGAAUGUGAGUAAGUGAGUGGAGCUGUGGGGCGCUCGAGUGGAUGUUCAUCGUGCAGUCAGGGUGAACCGGUUUGGUGUACACCAUAUGUUUAUUUCUCUUCACUUAAGUUUUUUUUUAUGUUGUAUAAUUUAUUUCCUUGCAAAAUAAAGACGUCUUUUAAAGGAG